CGACAUGGGUUCCUCAGACGCAGGAGCGGAGCUUGGUUUCUUCUUGGUGCAGAAACAAAAUAGUGGAUGCCGUCGACGUUUUUCCUAAUAACUUAGUGACGGGGCACUCCACGAACUGUCAGCCUGUUAGUUGUACCACCACAGAUUGCUGCUUCUCUCUUAUUCCAGUACCUGUCGUUGAGGGUGAGUAUUUCACGUGUUCCUUCAGUCCCUUUCGUCGAGUCUGCCGUGAGGGUAGUGUAAGACGUCAUUGGACCUCUAAGCACGCCGGUGGACCAGGCUGCAAACGAGCAGCCAGUUCCGUUUCACGUAUUACUACGCCGGUGCAUGUUGAAGAAGAUGUAUAUUAUUCACAACGAAAAAGAGGGAGCGCAGCAGCUUCAGGAUCCUCCUAUUUUCACCAGGAAAUUUGCCGUAUUGCGAAAGCUAAACUGACUGUUGGACCAGAACAUUCAUCUACUGAGCCCGGAAUUUACCCGCAUACACCAUGAGCCCCCACGCCGAAUUCCCCACCAGCUCGUCUGAAAACCCAGUCCCCCAGAGGGCUUUCGGAGGGUUCGCACAACUUGAGGAAAGCGACUUUCCAGCAUUCGAAAACCGGUCCAACCUGCGUUACACCCCACAGGAUGAGCUGCAUGAUUUGAUAUGCGUAGGGUUUGGACCUGCAUCAUUGGCUAUUGGUGUUGCAAUCCACGAUGCGCUCGAAGGAUCGGAUCCUUCACUUGUAGAUAUCCCAGGGCUGGAAGGCCGAGCACCCAAGGUCGCCUUCCUGGAGAAGCAGGAAAGAUUCGCAUGGCACGCUGGCAUGCUCUUGCCUGGUGCAAAGAUGCAAAUCACAUUCAUGAAGGACAUGGCGACCAUGAGGAAUCCUCGCAGCGAGUUCACAUUCAUCAACUACCUGCACCAGAAGAACCGGUUGGUCGAGUUUGCCAACUUGAAUACCUUCCUUCCCGCACGUGUUGAAUACGAGGACUACAUGAAAUGGUGCGCCAGCUGGUUUGAGGAGGUCGUUUCGUACUCCCAGGAAGUUAUUGCAGUCAACCCUCAAAGGUCUAGCAGCGGCGACAUCUCAGUCUUUGAAGUCGUUUCGAAGAACCAUCUAACCAACGAGAUCGAGACAAGGAGAACGAGACAUGUCGUCAUCGCUGCAGGAGGGAGGCCAAACAUCACUGCACCUUUCCCGCAGAACCACCCGAAGGUCGUUCACUCCUCGAAGUUCUCCUACAUUUCAAAGCAGAUUCUCAAGGACCACCAAGCGCCCUACAAGGUUGCAGUCGUUGGAAACGGCCAGAGUGCUGCUGAGAUCUUCGACUUCCUGCACGCAAACUACCCUAACUCUCAGACACGGCUCUUGAUCAAGGGCGGAGCGCUGCGACCCAGCGACGACUCGCCUUUUGUCAACGAGAUAUUCAACCCAUCACGCACCGAAGUCACCUACAACCGCGAUCCCGUCCUUCGCGCCCAGACCCUCACCGAGGAUAAGGGCACGAAUUACGGUGUCGUGCGCAUCAACCUCUUGGAACACAUCUACGAGACGCUCUACCUUCAGCGGAUCAGGUACGGCAACUCGCGCGAGGCUGAGGAGCAAUGGCCGCACAACAUCCUGCCAUACCGCAGGGUCACAGCUGUCGAGGACAGCCCUGUGGUCCAGAACGGCAUCCGUCUGCACGUCCGCGAUCAGAGCCCGCUGUACUUCAGCGAGGUCCCUGGCGCAAGCGAGGAGAAGCAGACCCUCGACGUUGAUGCCGUAUUCGUCGCUACUGGGUAUCUGAGAAACUUGCACGAGACGUUGCUCAAGGACGCGAGACACCUCAUGCCUGGAGGUGAUCUGAAGGAUGCGAAGUGGACAGUCGGAAGAGACUACAAGGUCAACUUUGAGAACAAGGCAGUCAGCGGCGAUGCCGGCGUCUGGCUGCAAGGCUGCUGCGAGACAACCCACGGCUUGAGUGAUACCCUCCUUUCUGUUCUUGCCUGCCGUGGAGGAGAAAUGGCUAGGGCCAUCUUCGAGAAGGCACCUAAGUGGGAUAACUCAGAUGUGCUGGGAGGGUUCCAGGCUCCCAAGCUCUGAAUCACCACUCUGAAGACCACUGGAGUAAAGGCGUCUCUGGAACAGCGUUUCUUUCCUGGAUAGAAAUUUGUAUGCCGUUGCAGCUGGCAGCGUUUUUUAGCCAUCAUAUCCGCAAUUGCACAAUCUUCACCAGCUUUCGUGCUUGAGCCCUGGAGGCCCUGGCCCUCAUUCCUGUGAGCUGACAGCCAUGUAAGAACACGUCAUUGCUCUCGUAUCUUUCGCUGCCUGGAGGCUGCCAAUGAAAGCUCUCCAUUGCACGCAGAAUCAUCUCUUCACUCCUCGGAGACAGUCAAGGAUGGCGCAAACGUCGAAAUUGGACCCUCAUUUCGCAGCUGCGUCGCUCUUUCCCGCUAGAGGUGGACAGCAACCCAACUGGGAAGAACGGAUCGCAAAGCCACGCAACUGCCUUAGCCAAGCCCUGGCGAACGGCAGGAGCAGCCGGAGUAAGAUAGCA